AGAGCAGGUUACAAAAUAUCGUAGGCUUGUGUUUAAAAAUGGCAGCAAGUGAUCAUGGAGUGAGCGGAUAAACAGCAUGACUCUCUUAUUUUUUAUCUUCUUGACAAUGUUAUCCUUAAUGUCAGCUGCUAUGUCUUUCAAAAGUCAGUCACAGCAUUAUGAAAACCUUGACGACGACGACGUUAUAUUCUAUUCUGUGUUAUAUUCAGUUGUAACUGUGAUUUUCGCUAUGGCAGUGCUUUCUAAAUUUUUGACAAAUGAGUUUAGGUUAGGAUUCAGAUCAGUGUUGAGCCUUUUUGUAUUAUUCUUAGGAGAACCUCUGUGUCAGUUUUUGAUUAAAGGACCCGGAGGAGUGAUAACAUUUGCUGGUUGCUGUUUGUUGAUUUAUUCAGUGCUUCCAGCCAGCCACCUCCCAGUGGGAAACAAGGCAGUGCUAGUGACAGGGUGUGACUCCGGAUUUGGUCAUGCCGUGGUUAGGAAACUUGACAGUAUUGGGAUGAGGGUAUAUGCUGCUUGUUUAGAUGCCAACGGUCCAGGUGCUAUUUCACUUCGAAACAACUGUUCAGACAGUGUUCAAAUUCUCCAGCUUGAUGUCACAAACAAAAAAGAGAUGGAAAGUGUUGUUAGUUUUAUAAAUGACACAGUGGGUUCAGAAGGACUCUGGGGCCUGGUCAACAAUGCUGGUGUGUGGUAUUUUUCUGAGAUAGAAACAACAUCAGACACCUUGCUCAGAAAAGUUUUGGAGACAAAUGUCCUGGGGGCCAUUGCACUGACAAGGGCACUUCUUCCUCAAAUAAGACAUGCUAAGGGGAGAAUUGUUCAUGUAUCAAGUUUAUUAGGUAGAAUAACCAUGGAGGGUAAUGGAGCUUAUGCCAUUUCUAAACAUGCUUUAGUGGCAUUCUCUGACACACUAAGGCAAGAAAUGAAGAAGUGGGGAGUCAAAGUGUCCAUCAUUGAGCCAACAGGGUUUAUGACAGAUUCCAUGAAAGAACAUAACAUAGUUCGCAAAAAAGAGGAAGUAUGGAACACCUUAGAAAAUGUUGAAAUUAGAAACACUUAUGGUAGACAGUAUUUAGACAGUGUUUACAACAGUAUCAUACAUGGAUCCAAUCGUUUCCCAUCUGAUCUGACCCCCAUAACCAGAGCUAUUAGGAGUGCCCUAUUAUCUAAACGGCCCAGGGCAAGGUAUCCAUGUGGGACUGGGGCAGAGUUUCUGAUGACUUUGUAUCCAUUGUUACCUGUGUGGAUAGCUGAUUCCAUGUCCUCAUCCCUUGGUGUUAUGCCUAGGACAAUUCGCCCAGCAGCCCUCGAACAAUAGCAAUCCUAUUUUUUAUCUGAGCCAACACUGCCAUUCAUGCCAAUCUAUUAAUUCCUCUUAUUUUAUUGACUAUUUUCAACAAACUUGUGUCAGAAAUAAUUUUCGUCAAAAUUUGAAAAAUUUAACUACGAAGAAAUAAUACUUUUCCUAGUAUGAAAUGUUACCGUGUGCAAUCUUAAGGGAGAUUACUCUAUUCAUUAAGUCACCCCAGUCACUCAUUCAACCUAUUGCUAUCAAUUAAUUUUGGUAUAUUCUGUAGUAUCUAUUGUAAAGAAAAAACAAAAAGUAUGAAUAUCAUGAUCUCUGCCUCGCUUGGUCCUGGAGGGUAUGACCAAAACCAUCAAAAUUUAUGCAAUCUUCAAAAAUCUUUACUCCUCGACAUAAAGCAGUCAAACUGUUGGCAUAAAUAUAAUGAGCCCUCUAAUCUCUGCAUGGUUCAGGAUUUGUCAUAUACAUGUAUUGAAAAUGCAUAUCUUAGAAAAUUUCCUACUUCACUCCUAGACAUGAAUGAGGCGUAAUAUAUGCAUGAUUAUAAUGAGACUUCUACCAAAAUUGUUCAAUUCCUGACCCCAGGGUGGGAUUAACUUGGUCAUAUAUGUAUAUUAAAAAUGCAAGAUUUUUCAGAAAUUCUUUACUUUUGGACACUGCUAUUCAUAAUUCUAUUGAGCAAUGUUCCCUUCAACAAAACAUUAAGAAUCUAAUGUCUCUGGAUCCAGGAUUCCUGUUCCAUUUUGAAGUAAAGUUUGUCAUACACUGGAACUAAAUCCUAAGUUUACAUUGUGCAUAAGCCAUCUAAAAACUGUAAAAUUCUUGGUCCCAGACAAGACUGAGGUUUCAUGAAGAAAAAUAAUGUUAAAAGGUGGGGGCACAUCCCACACCUCUCAUAUUCGUUUGUAGCAGUUUUCUAUAUAUAUAUGAUUUUUGGGACUAAAUUGUGAAUAAGCUUUUCUUUUUCACCAGGCAGGAUUUUUUUUUAACUAUUGCUGAAUGAAGAAACUGUUGAGGAUAAUUAAUCAUUUGUUGCAUGUAUCUGGAACUUUUGAUCAUUUAAAAUGCAUACAAAUUUUCCUGUAAACUUGUCAAUAAUUUAUUU